AUGGAGAAAUCUCGCCUGCGCGUGAUUAUAUGGAAUGAAUUCAAACGCGGAAAUACUGCGGCAGAAACCUUCAGAAUCAUAAACGAAAAUGAGGGUAAGAAUGUUGUGAGUUAUCCUACGGUGACCAGAUGGUUCGCAAAGUUUCGUGUGGACGAUGAGAAGCUUGAAGACAAACCACGUGCAGGAAGACCCAGCAAACUUGACAAAGAUGCCCUGAGGCGCAAGAUUGAAGAUGACCCACAUAUUACAAUCCGGGAGUUAGAAGAGUUACUAAACUGUGGAAAAAGUACCAUUGGUGAUCAUUUGAAGGCAAUGGGUAUGGUCAAAAAGUUGGACAAAUGGGUGCCUCACAAUUUGACUGAUCUGCAAAAAGCCAAGAGACGAUGUGCUUCCGAAAAGCUUCUGCAACGCUGCAAAAACGAAGAAUUCUUGGAUCGAAUUGUAACUAUUGACGAAAAGUGGAUCUCGUUUAACAAUACUAGAAGAUCUACAAGUUGGUGUAAGCGUGGAGAAGCUCCUAAGCACGUUCCGAAGCCAGAAUUGCACGAAAAGAAGCUUAUGGUGACUGUCUGGUGGUGUAGCUCUGGAGUGAUCCAGUACGAUUUCAUGAAACCUGGCCAAAGUAUUACGGCCGACACCUACUGUGCCCAGAUUGAGAAACUGCGACACAAUCUUCCAACAAUGGUCAGAAGGAGGGGUCCGAUCAUUCUGCAGGGUAACGCACGGCCCCAUGCUGCAAAGAUCCUUAUUCUCCAGACUUGGCUCUAACGGACUUUCACCUUUUUAAACACUUGUCUUCGUUUCUUAAUGAAAGAAUCUUCAAAACUCCAGACGAUGCCAAGAAUGCCUUCAAGAACUUCAUCAACUCCAGAAACCCGGAAUUCUACAAUCGUGGAAUAAAAAAGCUUGUAAAUCGUUGGCAAGACUGUAUUGAUUCAGACGGUGAUUACUUUGAUUGA